CACUCAAUGUGCCUUGGCAGACAUCUGUGUUAUGUCAAGGAACCAGCAGCAAAUAGUAAUUUUCAUUGGAAGUAAUUUAAUUUUUUCCAAUUGUUAGCUGCUAAGUUCAAUGUUUUAAACUUUUGUUAAAAAUGAGUGGGCGUCACAAUAGUUCAGAGCAUGCAAGAAAUUACAAGGAUAGAGGAUAUCGUCGUGAUAGGCCUGAUCGCAACGAUAGUUUGGAAAAAUACGACAGCGGCUGGACAAAGGAAGGGAAAAAGUCACCGCCAUACCCUAGAAGUAAAGAUUUAGCUACAGGCUCUCCCAAAACAUCACAUAAACGGAAGGCAUAUGGAGAAUAUCACCAGGACACAUUAACAAAACGGCCACGUAUUGAUGCAACCUAUGACCAGCAAAAGAACUUCAAGGACUAUAGACGAACUGAAUCCAAUAAAUUUCAACAUCAAAACAAUAACUUACGCAAGGAAUCUGAACAUGUAUUUGAAAAUGCCAAGAGGGAGGAGGCGUCUAAUCUGCAUCAGUCUACCACAGUUAGUGGUGCGGUUGUUAAAACAUCUAAUAUACCAUCACCAUAUGCACAUUUGCCACCAUCACCACCGAGACUGGUUAAACCUGUCAAAAAAGUGAAUAUGCGUUCGAGGGAAAAUAUGGAAACUUAUUUGCAUAACAAAGAAGAAUGUGGAUUUGUGACUGUAAAUGCAUCCAAAAAUGGCCAAGGAAGUGAAGAUAAUACCAACAAAACAGAUUCUGAUACUCUGACAAAUAGUAAUAAAGAUUCUCAAGACUACUCAACGAGUCUUUUGAAACCUAAAGCCUCAUCCGAAGUUAGUGCAGAAAACAAAAAUCAAUAUGAAAAUGCUAACACAAAAUUGGACAACAAUAAUAUUGACAAAAUUAAGCUCAAAUUGUUAAAUUGCAAUGAGCACAAUCAUACAACGAUUCAAAAUAGCAACAACUCCCAGUUAUUUCCCAUAAACCUCAACCCACAACCAAUGGGACCCACAAUAGAUGGAACUUAUUUCAACUUAACCAACUUGAAGAAAACGCGACGAAGUCGGUUUGAUCAACAACCACCGUUACUGUUAACAAAAGACGCUCAAUUCAAACCCCCUAAGCAACCAAUUGCAAGUCCUAUUGAUUGUGCUGAAAGCAAAAAUAAUAACAUACAACUGUCAUACAAGUGUUCAAACACCAGAUCUGAAGAACCUUCCAAAAAUUCUUCUGAAUACCCAGGGAUCAUUAAUGAUUCUAUUGAUAAAUAUGAUGGCAGGACCGCACAAUCAUUUAACACAAAUACCGGUCUAAUACCAAGCAAUAAUACCUAUUGCCAUAAUAUGGACUGGAGAUACACAACAGCCGAUAGUUCCAUUUCUCAACAAGGCACAAACCAUUUUAAACAGCCUCAGUAUCAAUCUUAUUUUAGUAAUGCCGAGAUUUUUGGCAAAAAUGCAAAUGGCUCCAGCACAGCCACCUUUUCUUUGGACUAUGGAAUACAAAAUACUAAAGAAAUGCCUUCUCCUUUGAUGGAAAAUGAUGGUAAAAGCAGAAAUGUUGUAAAUUUUGCACACCAUGGCAAUAUAUCAAGCUUCAAAAGUCUACAGGAAAAUAGCCCGGCUUUAACAAAACCACAGUUUGAUACUCCAGGAUAUUUAACCAAAAUCAAUAAUCCAACUAUUAAUCGGGACAAUAAUGGGACUGGUUUCAUACAAAAAGAUUGGAAUACAAAUGCUUCAAUUCGAACCAAUAAACCUCUUGAAAGUAGUUUUAACCUCAAUCCCAAGGAUUUUAAAAGUGAAAAUGCACCAAAAACCUAUCAGACAUUAGAAAGCGAUAGGAGCUUUCCCUUUAAAGAACUCUCUUCAGAAAAUUGCCAAAAACACACAAUAGGGCAGGGUGGACUAAAUGCCCAUAAAACCUUUGAAGCGAACAGCAAUAGAAAUGCUCAACAUUUCAGUAGUUACUCCCAGCAUCCUGCAAGCUUGGCAAAUAGCUAUGGGGCAUUGGGUCAAAAUAUACAAUUUGGCAUGAGAAGGCAUUCAAAUGUUAAUUUUUGUCAACAACGCAGAGAUGCGCAUUUUAAUCGACCCUACUUUUGCAAUCGUCCCGCAACGGCCAAGGAAAAUAAUCACUUCAAUGUCCAGCAGUUGCCCAAUGACCAAGCACUCGCAAGUAGCAGUGGUUUCCAAAUAAAUCCCAGAUUUAUACGUGGCAUAGGGUCUGGCAGCCAAAAUUUUUAUGAAGACAUUAAUCCAGCUCCACCAGUGGAAGAAAAGCAAAACAAUUUCAAAAACUUACAAGUAGCAACACAUAUUAACUCCCAGCAAGCAUCACUAAACCAAAACCAUUUUACAUUGCCAGGUGAAAAAAGAAAUUUGCGACAAUUUGGUACCAAAAAGCAAUCAAGAUAUGUUUCCAAUAGCGGGCCACAAGUAAGCUCAAACAAUUAUACUAUACAAGGAAAUAAAAAAUACAGAACCCCUAAAGAAGAUAAACGUUUCAGGGGUAAACAUAAUAAUAUGGCAAAUAAUAGAAUAUAUGCAUUUGGUGGCAAUGCUAUGGACAACUCCAAUCAACAAGCAAAUUUGUAUGUUAAAAAUCAGUCCUUGAGGUUCGAUUUCAAAAAACAUUCAAAUGAUAUUAACAAUGGUAAGACUACAACUAAAGGGCGCUUUAUGCAGAAAUUUAUGAAAAGACUGCCAAAACCAAAGGAUAAACCACUUAUCAAAAGUACAAAUAAACUUUCCACCAACCUAAAGGAAAAGAAAACUAAGAAAAAUGUAAAAAGGAAACUCACAGACGCAUCUAAAAACACCGAGUUUCAAAACAAUACCAAGAUCGAGGCCAAAGAACAUUUGGACAUUAAUAAAGAGCUGUAUGGUGAUUUCCAACCCAUAGCUGUGGGUUUAAAAAAACCCCAAAAGGGUCAUUUGAAACCAGAACCGGAGAUAUACUGGAGGCAAUGGUGGUCCCUUUAUGGUCAUGUGGAAAAAACACUAUCACCGCCACCUCUACAAAAUGAUGAUGCCAUUAAAUCCUACUUUAGUUUUACUCCCUCGACUACAGACAGUCAACUGCGUAAACGUAAACGCAUUCUCUUGGUUAUGGGUGUAGCCAAGAUUAUGCGUCAUAUUCGCCUUAACGAAAAAGAUUACGCCUUUCGUGAUAUUUUUAGCGUACUAAAGUAUAAGCAUCAACUCGAAAAUCCACAAUUUCAAAAAUUGCUUUCGCCCAAAGAAUUGGAAAAAGUUGAAAUGGUAUUAAAAAAUGCCCGCAAAAAAACACGGCGUGCCUUUUUCUAUCAGAGCAUGAUGUGCCGAUGGCAUUUUUCAAUGGACAUCAUAAAGCGUUCUGAGAAUGGUGAAGCUGUGAAAUCUGGACAUGCCCGCAAAUUGCUAAGCAAUAACGUUUUCCAUUAUUUGGUUUGGGAGUCAACGAAAGAACUUAAGAAAUUAAUCACAGAGGACUGGCCGGGCUUUGAGGAAUUUUAUAAAACUCUAUAAACUAUUUUAAUAACUAAUGAUAUAUUUAACUUUGAAACCUUUGUGCCAUACAUGUAAAUAUGCAUGAAUAAAUAAUAUUAACACAUA